AAAGAGGACAGACCAGAAUUAAAUUAAAUUUAUAUAAUUGAGAGCAAAAAAAAAAAAAAUCCCCACCUUUAUUUAAACAAGAACUCUCACACGCUUUGGUCCUUUCAGAUUCCUUUUCUCAGCUCAAGCUCUCUCCCUCUGCAAAGACCCCUUUGGCUUUGGCUUUUGGGUUUGCUCCUGCUUGUUGUUCUGACCAGGCGAAUCCUACACCUCCUUUUGCGGCGGCGCGAUUCUAGCAGUUUAACUAAACGGAAAAAAUGAUUAAGCUAUUUAAAGUGAAGGAAAAGCAGAGGGAGCUUGCUGAAAAUGCCAAUGGAAAGACACUGGUUAAGAAGCAAAGUGCAGGAGAAUUACGGCUUCACAGAGACAUUAGUGAGCUGAACCUACAGAAAACAUGUACCAUAGCAUUCCCCAAUGGCAAGGACGAUUUAAUGAACUUUGAGGUUGCUGUCCGGCCUGAUGAAGGAUACUAUCAAGGCGGUACAUUUAUGUUCACAUUUCAAGUUUCUCCCAUGUACCCUCAUGAGGCGCCAAAGGUCAAGUGCAAGACAAAGGUCUAUCAUCCUAACAUCGACUUGGAAGGAAAUGUCUGCCUCAACAUUUUAAGAGAAGACUGGAAACCUGUUUUGAAUAUCAACACUAUUAUAUACGGACUCUUUCAUCUCUUUACGCAACCCAAUUAUGAAGAUCCCCUUAAUCAUGAUGCAGCUGUUGUUCUAAGGGACAACCCUAAGAUGUUUGAGUCCAAUGUGAGACGAGCUAUGUCUGGAGGGUAUGUGGGGCAGACCUUAUUCCCACGCUGCAUGUAGAAGCUGCUUUUUAUACACCAGAUUCAUCCUUAAAAGUAUAUGGGAUUGUACAUUUGGUCGUCAGAGCUUCUCUCUUCUGGUGUACUGGGACCUGAAUUCUUCAAAUCAGGUAGGUUGUGCGUAUGAAACCGGGUGGUGUAACUUUGUGAAAUGUUUAAGAUAUUGGCCGGAAACAUGGUAUAUUCUCAUAAGUUUGAUGUGGAUCAUUGGAGAAUUCUAGAAUGGAGGUCUGAAUUGCAACUUAUUGUGUAUUUAUUUCCUAAAUUAAAAUGGGAAAGAACAUGUGUGUUUUCCUACUUGUUGUCCAACUUAUAUAAUGCUAGACAUUAAUCAAUUU